AUGGGGAUCCCGGGUUUAUGGAAGGAGCUGGAGCCUGUCGCUCGCAAUCUAAGUCUCGUCGAGUUCGGGAUCGUACACGGAUUAGCGGCCGAGGGUGGCCCCAAGCAAGCCAGGAUUGGUAUCGAUGCGGCUGUUUUUGUGUAUAAGGCCUUAGGAAAGUUUAAGAGGAGGUACUCCGGAUCACCUCCGAUGCCCGAACUUCAAGACAUCGUAUCCAAACUCCUUCGCCUCGCUCAGACGCCCCUCACUCCCAUUUUUGUCUUCGACGGACCCAAACGCCCUAAAGUCAAGCGUGAACGACAGACUGUUUUCCGCGUGCACUGGCUCGCUCAAGUCUUCAGGAAGUUCAUAGAGGUUAUGGGUUUUUUAUGCCUUGAUGCUCCUGGAGAGGCAGAAGCAGAGCUCGCAAGACUUAGUGAGGAGGGCUUCAUUGACGCCGUAAUGUCCGAAGAUAUCGACGCGCUUGCCUUUGGCGCCAGGGCCGUGAUUCGCAUUGUCAAUUUCAGCGAAGAUGUUUUCAAGAUCUACCACGCCGCAGAUUGUGAGAACAAUCCUGACCUUCGUUUAACGAGAGCGGGCAUAGUUCUUGUCGCCCUUCUCAGUGGUGGUGAUUAUGAUAAGGGGCUUACAGGGUUCGGUGCAACCACCGCCAUUCGCGUCGCUCGUUACGGUCUUGGAGAUGUUCUCCUCCAGAUCGCGGACAUGCCACCGGCGAUGCAGGCACUAGAGCUUCCCCUGUGGCGUGCGCGUUUGGUCGACAUCCUCGCCAACGACCCUCAAGGCUUUCUCAGGCAACGUGAGGUCCAGCUCUCGACAUCGAUACCGUCGACAUUUCCGAACAUGGACACCGCCAAAUUGUACUACCACCCCGUCAUUCGCCCCUCACCCCGCUCCAGUCCAUUCCCCUCUGAUUCAAACAUCAUUCCGCGCCCCAUCAAUCUCUGCCGUUUCUUAGAGCUCGCUUCCGGACAUCUUUGGUGGAAUACAUACGAACUCCUCGCUAGGAGAGGAUUCAACACAAUAUUCCCCUCCCUCCUGACACGCGAAACGCUGGCCAUCAUCGACAACCCAAAACUCAAGAUCACCUCUCCCAUCAAGAAGAUUUGUCAGCUCCGCAAGAGGUCGCCCACAACGACAGGUGUCGCAUCGUUUCGUAUUGAGUACGAUGCAGCCGCUUAUCUCGCCACCAUUCGACAGAGCCUCGACGACUCCUCCGCUCCCGUUCCGUCCCAUGAGCCCUCCCUCCAACGCAUGUGGAUCCCCACUGUGGUUCUCGAACGCACGCUCCCGGAGCUCGUCGCCGAAUAUCGUCAGCGCCAUUCCAUCAAGACAUCGGCACAAGAUAAACACACCAUACCUCAAGUGAGCAGUGGGUAUGGUGGCAGGGUUGCUCAGCCACCGCUCCUCCUCGGCGCCCCUGUGGCUGGUCCAUCCUCGGACGCCAUGCCCAUAAUCGGCCGGGGCCUUGCAUCUUCCCAACUCUCGUUAGACCCUUUUGAGUCCUCGGAUGAGGAGGAGCACCUUUCGGACCAGAGGCUCUCAGAGAACUACUGGAGACUACUUAGGUCUUCGACCACUGGUAUUGCGACUAGACUAAACGGGGACUGUGAUGAUGGCGCUGAUGACGCUCUCGAGCUUUCGAGCAAAGGAUCGCAAGCCGGGCGAAAGGGAUCCCGUUGUUGCCAAUAUCAGCGGGGGCGUGCGUCGGAAGGGACUCUCCAGGCUGUGAAUGAAGAUUAA